AUGACAUCCUCAUUUCUUGUGUCCGCAUCAAAUCCGACAGGAAAAAAACGUCGUAUCGAACUGCCCGGUACCGAUCUCUGGUUAAUGGAUCAAAUAGACAACGUAUUUGUGUAUCCGGAAAAUUUGAAUGUUGAUCAACUCAAAGAAGCACUUGAUCGCGCCCUCUGUUUGUGGCCACUUAUUGCCGGUCGUUUUCUCUUAAUAGACGGUGAUCGCUAUAUUAUUGAAAUGUCUGACAAUUCCAUUCCAUUGUCAUUAGUCGAGAAUACUGAUCUACUUAAAUGGCCAUUCGAUUCCAAAGUGGUAGUUGAUCUACGUUAUCAUACAUUGGAACCGUUUGUCGACGAAGUUCCAAUCCACAAACUACUGCGUGGUUCGUCGGAAGAGCCCCUAAUUCGACUAAAAUUGACGCGUCUCGUACAAAGUGGUGAAUGUAUUUUGGGUAUUAGUUGGGCACAUGUUUUGGGCGAUGCUAUGUCUUGUUUGUGUUUCUUAACGACAGUUUCAAGAAUAUAUCAACGAUUGAAGCCACUCGAACCAUUACCAAUAUUUGAACGACGUCUCUGGGAUGACAGUAAAGCGAAUCAGUCUCUAUUGAACGUGAUGAAGCCGUUACGCGACGGUGGACCAGCCGAACAGAUGUUUCAAGCGAUUAUGGAUGAGCAAAUGACCCAUGAUCAACUGAAUUUACACUUUACAGGUGAACAGCUCAUAAAAUUACGAAUGCUAGCAGGAGAUAAUUGUGUAACCAUUCAAGAUGCACUGACUGCCUACAUCAUUCGCACAUUGAAUGUGCAUUGUUUUCAAGAUGAUGAUCAUCAUCGGAUCUUACGCACUGACACUGCUGUGAACUUUCGCGGUGUUGCUGAUUCAAUUGCACCACAAGGUCUAAUUGCCAAUGCUGUACUCAUGAUGUUAUCGGAUGAUUUUGACGACCCGUAUUCGCUGGAGAACAUUGCCAAGACUAUUCGUCGGUCGAUUAUUAAAUCCCGUGAUGCUAACUUUCUGGAAACUUGAGAAUCAGGUUUAUUAGAACAUAUAGAAGAAGAUGUGCAAAUUAUUGCUGAUAAAGGAUACAUUGGUGAACAACAUGUUAUUACUAAAAAAAAAACAUCUUGUGAUGGUGGAUUAACAGCUGAAGGUAAAGAUUUCGAUCAAUCUAUUUGCAACGCAAGAGCAGCUAUUGAAAACAUUAAUCACUGUCUUAAAAAAUUUGCUAUUUUAGGAAAUGCUUAUAGAGGACCUAAUGAUGAUGUUGACAAAAUUUCUACAAUUGGACAUAUUGUUUCUGCACUAUGUAACCUUAAAUUGUGUAAACAUCCUAUUCGUAAUCAUAGAUCAUGA